AUGUUUACGCACAAUGAAAAAGUCGACAUGUUAUUUGUUUAUGGGGAGAGUCGAAAGAAUUCUAGACGUGCAGUGCAGUUAUACGCCCAGAGAUACCCCGAACGUAUUAUUCCAGACUCAAAAAUAUUCGCAAGAUUGGAACGUAAUUUACGUGCAAACAUUCAAACAACGAGGCAUUGUCAUCUCGAAAGGGGAAGAAAAUUGUCAAAAAGGAACUCGAUUCGUCAAGCCUGUCGUGAGUUGAAUUUGAAAUAUAGUUCGGUACGAAAUAUUUUGACAGAAAAUGGAUAUCACGAUUAUAAACUUCAUAACUUAAAACACUUGUCAAAUCAACAUCAACAACGGAGAGUUAAUUAUAUUGCCCAAGUGGUGGAAAACUUAGAGUUCAAUGACAAUCGGUUUCUCCAGCAUGUGUUGUGGACGGACGGAAGCCGUUUUGUUAGCAACGGUAGGCCCAAUCGAAGAAAUGAACAUUAUUGGGCUACUGAAAAUCCACAUUUUGUCAAUCCUAUUGAAAACCAGGGACAUUUUAGAAUUAACGUUUGGUGUGGUAUUAUCAACGGGCAUUUGAUUGGUCCAUAUUUUUACGAAGGAGUUUUGAAUAAACAUUGGAUAGGUAUAAAUGGUCCGAUACAGUGGGCGCCAAAAUCACCGGACUUGACAGCACUAGAUUUUUUCUUGUGGGGAACUUUGAAGAAUGAAGUUUACAGAACACCUUCUGUUAACUUGGAUCAUCUGAGAGAAAAAGUUAGGAAUGCUUGCGAUGAACUCUCUAGAGAAAUGUUACGCAAGGCUUCAGUAAGAGAAGUGAGGCGGAGAUUGGAGAAGUGUCUAGAAGAAGUGGACAUCGUGGUGUUCCCCGAAUCCACCCUCAUCCCGAAAAAGCAUGCGCUGGCUCUCAGCAGCGAGGUCCCGAGGCCCUUCGAAGAGGUCAUCUGCAACUCCACGAAAGACAAGUACCAGCCCUACUUGAAGCGGUUCUCGUGCGCAGCCAUCGAAUUCAAUGCCACCAUUAUCAUCAAUAUGGUGGAGAAGGACGUGUGUCUGGUGGGCAGUUGCGGGGGUUCGGGGUUGGCUUACUACAACUCGGUGGUGGCAUUCAACGAGAAGGGUUACGUGUCAGGAAGAUAUAGAAAAUUCAACCGAUUUGGAGAACACCACCUCCAAUCGACCCCGGAAGUAGACGUAGUGGCCAUCACGACAAAUGAUAACGACACUUUCGGCAUCUUCACUUGUUUCGACAUUCUAUUCGGCACACCUACAUUGGAGUUGAUCAAAGAACAUGGAGUCAAGAACAUAGUCUUUCCGCAUUGCUGGUUCGGAGAACUGCCAUAUCUGACAGGAGAAGAUUUAAGGUUUGCCACCCGGUUUUUACUACAUAAUGGUAAUGAAAUUGUUAUUUCAGCCUUUCAAGUUCAGCAAAUGUUCACUCAAGAAUAUAACGUGAAUUUCCUCUCUGCCGGAUGCAACAAUCCCAGACGUGGUUCCGGAGGAUCCGGUAUAUUUGUUGGAGAUCAAGGUCCAUUAGCAACUCAUAUCGUAAGUGGCGAAGGCGGUACAAGGGGCAUUCUGAGAAGAGUACCGAGACCAAAUAUUUCGAAUAAUCCUUUCAGGGAAUUUGCCGCAGUCGUCGAGGACAUUGAAGCUGUUGCCAAGGAAAUGGAUGAUUUUCAUCUGAUCACAGAUUUAUCCAUGAGCAGACAUACUACAGUUGUUUUGGACACUACCAAAGAGACCGUCGUAGAAGAAGUUUGCGACGGUUCCGAAAUCAAAACGUGUUGUCUCUUCAACUUAACAAUCACAUCGAAAACUGCUAAUGAUACCUUGAAGAGCCAACACUAUGUCUAUCAUUUGGGGGUGUUCAAUGGCAUCCGAUCCUUUUCUGGAUUGAGGGAACUUGGAAUAGAAUCUUGCGCGGUGAUGGCAUGUUUGAACCGGUCUGUUUCGUCUUGUGGUAUGAGGUUCCCAAACUUCGACGACAUAUCCUGGCCCAUCACCUUCAACACCAUCAAAGUCACCGCCAAGUUCCCCAACGACCCCGACAGAGUGCAGUUCCCCAACUCCCUGCUCGCCUCGCUCAGACCCAUCUCGCCGCGUCACACCACGUGGUCGAGAGCCGAGUUGGGGGAACACGUGGAGAGGACACACGCGUGUGCGCAGCCGCAGACCCGGCUGCUGACCUUCGGCAUAUACGGCCGGGAUUUCGGCAGGGACGGCGCGCUGAUCAGUCCGAACGGGUCGGCACGGCUUAGCGCUUGUAGCGUGACCUUGGGAGGGAUGGUGCCGAUUGUGCUGGUCGUUCGUUUGAUGCGCUCGUAGAUAUGAUGUUUGUUAUUU